AGCCAGUUCAGAGACCUGAAGAGCAGACUGUGGGUAUAAAAGGGUGAAGUGCCUGUCCUGUGCCACCCCUCCACAGCACUCUCCCUUUUAAGAGAGCCUGGCUGCUCUUUAUCAGGCACUGCCUUCUGCUGCGGGGGAAGCCAGCUGGAGGAAGCCAGGACAUAGCUGCCUCACAUCCCUUUGCCCUUUGUCGUGUAUGGAGAAAAAGGAAGGAUGAAUGGACAGUCUUUGAUUGGUGGCACUGAUGACGCUCAUCAUGGUCCUCUUUGGAUAGACCCUUUUGGAAACAAAGCCAGUGAGACAGCACCAGGAGGCUUCAGACGACUAAGCCUGGCCCUGGCGCACAGGUGGCAAGAACAGGAACCAGACGAAGAGCUAGCCAUGGAAGACAGUCCCACCAUGGUAAAAGUAGACCGGGGUGAAAACAACCUGUCAUCAUGUUGGGGGAGAAGAUGUGGCUUCAAAGUAUUUGGCUAUGUCACCGGUGAUAUGAAAGAAUUCGCCAACUGGCUUAAAGACAAGCCUGUGGUGCUCCAGUUCAUGGACUGGAUUCUUCGAGGCAUAUCCCAAGUGGUGUUCGUCAGCAACCCCAUCAGUGGCAUCCUGAUUCUGGUGGGACUUCUGGUCCAGAACCCAUGGUGGGCUCUCUGUGGCUGUGUAGGAACUGUGGUCUCCACGCUGACAGCCCUCUUGCUUAGCCAAGACAGGUCAGCCAUAGCAGCUGGGCUCCAGGGUUACAAUGCCACCCUGGUGGGGAUCCUCAUGGCUGUCUUCUCAGACAAGGGCGACUAUUUCUGGUGGCUGAUGUUUCCUGUUUCUGCCAUGUCUAUGACUUGCCCAGUUUUCUCAAGCGCAUUAAGCUCCGUGUUCAGCAAGUGGGACCUCCCUGUCUUCACUCUCCCCUUCAACAUGGCACUGUCGAUGUACCUUUCAGCCACAGGACAUUACAACGCGUUCUUUCCUAGUAAACUCUUCGCACCGGUCACGUCCGUGCCCAAUGUCACGUGGUCUGAGCUCAGCGCCCUGGAGCUGUUGAAGUCCCUUCCCGUGGGAGUUGGUCAGAUAUAUGGCUGUGACAACCCGUGGACAGGGGGCAUUUUCCUAUGUGCCAUCCUGCUUUCCUCCCCACUGAUGUGCCUGCACGCUGCUAUUGGCUCAUUGCUGGGCGUCAUUGCAGGACUCAGUCUUGCAGCUCCGUUUGAAGACAUCUACUUUGGGUUCUGGGGUUUCAACAGUUCUCUGGCCUGCAUUGCGAUUGGAGGCAUGUUUAUGGCACUCACCUGGCAGACCCACCUCCUGGCUCUUGCUUGUGCCCUGUUCACUGCCUACUUCGGAGCCUGUAUGACACACAUAAUGGCUGUGAUCCAACUGCCAGCUUGUACCUGGUCCUUCUGCUUGGCCACGCUACUGUUUCUUUUGCUGACUACGAAAAAUCCCAGCAUCUACAGGAUGCCCCUCAGCAAAGUCACCUACUCUGAAGAGAACCGCCUCUUCUACCUACAGAACAAGAAAAGGAUGGUGGAAAGUCCUCUGUAAAAGCAACCCCACCCAACAGCCUUGCGCGCCGGGUC